UGGAUCCAAUCUCUCAGUCGACCAUUGCUCACACUUGGCUUGGACAUCCUCAUGUGAUAGACUGCAGGCCUCUUCCUUCCGACGCAGUUUCCUACUGUCACUGUUCAACCUAACGGCAAGCUUCCUGCGACCCAUCUUGUUUUCAUCCUCGAAUACAUAUAUAUCGCUGUGUGCCUGGUCUCACUGGUUUGUACUGAGGGAAACGAAGGGAUUGAAGCCACCGCGGCACUACGUUCUGUAAGCUCGUUGUUUGAUCUAUCUGGUGUCGAGUGUAGAGCAACUGUGAGGAGAAGAUUUGAGAUUUAGGAUUGGGGUAGUUGGUUUGACGCGUCAUGGCGACUUCGGCUUCCUCAGUGCUGGGGUUAGGAAGCACAGGGGUGGUGAGUGUGCAAAUAGCUUCGUCGUCGUCGUGUUCAUCGCGUUCUGCUCCUUCUGAGGCUGCUUCUUUGGGGUUUGCAACAAGGAGAAGAGCAGCGGCGUGUUCCGAAACUACUUCCCAGCUUCGGUCUGAGUUUCUUCCGAGCCUCUCACCAGUUAAGAAGUCCAUUAAGUUUGCGGCGUCAAGGAAAGGUCCUUUUGCUUCUCUUAAUGUGCGCGCCAUAGCCUCUGAUCCGGCCCAGCUGAGAUCUGCCCGCGAGGACAUCAAGACUCUUCUCCGGGAGGAUCCUUGUCACCCAAUUUUGAUCCGUUUGGGCUGGCACGACGCAGGGACUUAUGACAAGAAUAUUAAAGAGUGGCCCCUCCGAGGUGGCGCCAAUGGAAGCAUCAGAUAUGACAUUGAGCUCAGCCACAAGGCAAAUGCAGGCCUCAUCAAUGCCCUCAAGCUGCUUGAGUCCACAAAGCAGAAGUAUCCAGACAUCACUUAUGCGGACCUGUUUCAGCUCGCAAGUGCCACUGCCAUUGAGGAAGCCGGGGGCCCUAAAAUCCCGCUUCGUUAUGGACGCAAAGAUGUCUCUGGCCCCGAUCAGUGUGUGAAGGAGGGCAAUCUUCCCGAUGCUGACCCCAAACCUACUCCCCCUGCUGACCACCUGCGCAAGGUUUUCUACAGGAUGGACUUGAACGACCAAGAUAUUGUCGCUCUCUCAGGUGCACAUACUCUAGGAAGGGUUCACCCAGAACGCAGUGGAUUCGGGCAGAAAGAAACCAAGUACACUAAGAACGGGCCAGGCAAACCAGGAGGUUCCUCAUGGACGCCUGAGUGGCUGAAAUUUGACAACUCCUACUUCAGGGAGAUUAAGGAGAAGCGAGACGCGGACCUUGUGGUUUUGCCUACGGACGCCGUCUUGUUCGAAGACCCUGAAUUCAAGAAAUACGCUGAGAAGUACGCCACAGACAGGGAGGCAUUUUUCAACGACUACGCCAUCUCUCACGCUAAGCUCAGCGAAAUCGGUGCCGAAUUUGAUCCUCCACAAGGCUUCUUCCUCGAUAAGCCUGAGAAGAAGGACGAGCCCGAGGUUUUUGUGGCAUCCAAAUACUCCACGCAACCGGAAGCGAAGCAAGAACUCUCGGACAACAUGAAGGACAAGAUCCGCGCCGAGUAUUUAGCUAUCGGGGGUUCUCCUAACAAGGCUAUGGGCUCCAACUACUUCCUCAACAUAAUUAUUGGCAUUUCGGUGCUUGUUCUCUUAUCUUACUAUCUGGGAUAUCUUGGCUAGUUUAUUUAACAAUGUCUUGUAAAUUUGUUUGUCCAUUUGUGAGGCACUAAGUGCGGCUUAAGGUGACUCACUGUAAUUUUAAUUACCACAGUACCGCCCUCUUGAGUAGUGGUCGCGCACUGCUCUCGAUAGUUUGCAAUUUUCUGCCGGUAGGCAUUGGCAAUCUAAAUUCUUCUGCUUCUCAA